AGUGAUUCACAUUUUUAAAAUUAUUGUAUGUAAUUCAAAGUUAUAAAUAUGAUUACUUAGGGGGUUUACGCUAUUUAUUUUCUUGGUUUUUUCAUUUCCUUCUACUCAUUUGACACCCCCACCAGAGGGCAGGCAAAGGAAGAGAGAGAAGUUAUUAAUUUCAGCUCUGCACGUCUUUUGUAUUUGUCCUUUCGUUGGACUGUUAUUUCCUGCCUCUGGAUUACAUUAAUGCAGUAGGAUCAGCUACUUUUGCUAUUUUAAAAUAUUUAAUAGAAUGCUCAAUUAUUUUUAAAAUAAAUGACUAGUAUCGAUAUAUCUAUUGAAUUUAAAUAUUUUAAAUUCUCCAACCCUUUUUAGCUCUCUAUAUUUUAUCAGUUAUUUUUAAAUAAUUUAUGCUAAGGUGUUUACCACUACUGUGGAUAAGUAUGAUUGAUUGUAAUAAGGAGUUGUUUUUUGUUUGUUUGUUUUGUUUAAAAGUACAUUGGAAUAUUCAUAAUCAAGCGUAAAGUUUUAAGUGAUUCCUUUUCAUGUUUUACACAAGUUGAUGUUCCUGAGGUCUAUUAGUGAAUUUUCAAAAAUAAGAAUUGUCUUUGGAAUACAAGUUACUGUUUGACACUUCAGCCUGAGACCAAAGUAAAUUCGUAUUUACGUUACCACCUUGCAGGUUUUCAAAGUCUAAAUGUUAAACCAGAUGAGUGUUGAACAUUUUAUGGCCUUAAUAUUGCUGUUAACACCCAUUGUACAUGCACACGUGUGUAUUUAUGUAUACAUGAAGUGCAGUUUCAUGGUCUGUAGCUGUUUGGUUUGUUAUCAGCAUGAGCAGUAAAUGUCCUUAAAAAUCAGCUUGGAAACAGCUGGCAGCUGACCCACUGGGGCUUAGCACCGCCUAAAUUCACAUGACGUUUCUUUGCUCUUUGACACAAAUAGUGUGCACCUUCACUUGUCAUCAAGGAAGUUGGUGAAGGAACCUUUCUGUGUGCUUGUGAGCCUAGUAGAAGAAUCUUAAAAUGGAUUUCUUAAAGAGAGUUGUUCCUCCCAUGUUUUCGGGAGAUGUGGUUUUGGAUGCCAACAUUCAGGAAAAUUCCCCACGAUUACUUAAGAUGAGACGUCUUCAUUCGCUUUCUUCAGAGAAGAUGGUAGGGGAGCCAGGUGGUACCAGUUUCUAUCAAAGUCAUUGUGACAACUGCCAGCAUCAACGGCUAGCUUCGGCUCCUGUCAGCAAAGUGAAUAAGUACUGUGCUUCUCCCAGCUUUCAUCCCACGUGUGGAAGGAAGAAUAUCAUCAUGUCCAACAUCACGAUCGACCCAGACGUCAAGCCUGGGGAGUACGUCAUUAAGAGCCUCUUUGCAGAAUUUGCCAUUCAAGCUGAAAAGAAAAUUGAAGUUGUAAUGGCUGAACCGUUGGAGAAGCUAUUGUCCAGAUUCCUUCAGGGUGAAGAUCUUCAGUUUGACCAGUAUUUGAUAAGCUCUAUGAGCUCAGUAGCAGAGCACUGUCUCCCUUCCUUACUCCGCACGCUGUUCGACUGGUACCGCCGCCAGAACGGGGCUGAGGACGAGUCCUACGAGUACAGGCCUCGGUCCAGCACAAAGUCCAAGGGGGAUGAACAGCAACGUGAAAGAGAUUACCUUCUCGAAAGGAGAGACUUAGCAGUAGAUUUCAUUUUUUGUUUAGUUUUAGUUGAAGUUCUAAAGCAGAUUCCUGUUCAUCCUGUACCCGAUCCCUUAGUUCACGAAGUUCUAAACUUAGCUUUUAAGCACUUUAAACACAAGGAAGGUUAUUCAGGAACCAACACUGGGAAUGUUCAUAUUAUUGCAGAUUUAUAUGCGGAAACUUUAGUAACUGAUUUACGGAUCCGGUGGAGGUUUAAGAGAACUGCAAGGUCGGAAAUUGGACAGUCCCCAAAGUUUCAGGCUGUGAGAAAGAAGUUUGUGACAGAAUUGAAAGAACUGCGACAGAAGGAACAGAGCCCACACGUGGUACAAAGCGUUAUCAGCUUAAUAAUGGGAAUGAAGUUUUUUCGAGUAAAAAUGUAUCCUGUAGAAGAUUUCGAAGCAUCAUUUCAGUUUAUGCAGGAAUGUGCUCAGUAUUUCUUAGAAGUAAAAGAUAAAGAUAUAAAACAUGCACUUGCUGGUUUAUUUGUGGAGAUUCUUAUCCCUGUAGCUGCUGUGAGUAUAUUUUAUUUUAAUACGAUUUAUGUGUUGUAUACGAACCUUACAACCUUAUACUUCCGUUUCUUCCCUGAAAACUAUCUCUUGCAGGCUUUAUAUCCACUAAUCACCUGCCUUUUAUGUGUCAGUCAGAAACAGUUUUUUUUAAAUAACUGGCAUAUUUUCCUACAGAACUGUUUGUCACAUUUAAAGAAUAAAGACCCUAAAAUGUCUCGAGUUGCACUGGAAUCUUUGUAUAGAUUAUUGUGGGUUUAUGUAAUUAGAAUAAAAUGUGAAAGCAACACUGUAACUCAAAGUCGUCUCAUGAGCAUAGUGUCAGCACUUUUUCCAAAAGGCUCGCGAAGCGUGGUUCCUCGUGACACGCCUCUCAAUAUAUUUGUGAAGAUUAUCCAGUUCAUUGCUCAGGAACGUUUGGAUUUUGCAAUGAAAGAAAUCAUAUUUGAUCUUCUCAGUGUUGGAAAAUCUGCUAAAACUUUCACCAUUAAUCCAGAUCUCCUGCUGUUGGAAUCCCGUCUGUUCUUAUAUUUUAUAAUCAGGAGGUUGUUUUUUUUCCCCCCCCUCCUAGGAAUGUCAGUUUACUAUCCUCAAGUCAGGAAAGCGUUGGAUAGCAUUCUCAGACAUCUGGACAAAGAGGUUGGGAGGCCAAUGUGCAUGACGAGUGUGCAGAUGUCUAAUAAGGAGCCCGAAGACAUGAUCACGUGCGUAGCCAACUGCCCUCGUCAUUGCUUGUCUCGCUUUUCACUUGGUAGGCUCACAAUUCAUAUGGAUGAAGAACUGCGUGGUCUGGCUUUCAAUACUCUGCUGGCAUUAAUGCUUGAUUUUCCAGAUUGGCGGGAGGAUGUUCUUUCAGGGUUUGUUUAUUUUAUUGUUCGCGAAGUGACCGACGUCCAUCCCACACUUCUUGAUAACGCCGUGAAGAUGUUGGUACAAUUAAUAAAUCAGUGGAAACAAGCAGCCCAAAUGCAUAACAAAAACCAGGACUCACAGCACGGCGUAGCUGAUGGAGCUUCUCACCCCCCUCCUCUGGAAAGGAGCCUGUAUUCCAGCGUGUUCCAUGUCGUCGAAGGCUUUGCUCUUGUCAUUCUGUGUAGCAGUCGACCCGCCACUCGCAGGCUAGCCGUCAGCGUCCUUAGAGAAGUACGGGCUUUAUUUGCACUUUUGGAAAUACCUAAGGGUGACGAUGAAUUAGCCAUUGAUGUGAUGGACAGACUGAGCCCGUCCAUUCUCGAGAGCUUCAUACAUCUUACUGGGGCUGAUCAGACCACUUUGCUCUAUUGCCCUAGCUCAAUAGAUUUGCAAACAUUAGCAGAAUGGAACUCUUCCCCUAUCAGCCACCAGUUUGAUGUGAUCAGUCCAUCCCACAUAUGGAUAUUUGCACACGUGACCCAGGGCCAAGAUCCAUGGAUUAUAAGUCUCUCCAGUUUUUUAAAGCAAGAAAACCUUCCAAAACACUGCUCUGCAGCCGUGAGCUACGCUUGGAUGUUCGCGUACACGAGGCUCCAGGUGCUGUCUCCACAGGUUGAUAUAAAGCGAGCUCCGGCGGCGCCGUACCUGGCCGCGUGGUGGCGCAACUACCUGCUGCUGUGCUGCAGCGCCGGCUGCGCCCCGCCCGCCGGCUCGCGCUGCUCGCCGCCCGAGACGCUGGCCUCCACCCCGGACAGCGGCUACGGCCUCGACGCCAGGAUUAUUGGAAUCCCGUCCCCUUCAUCCUUGUUUAAGCACAUCGUUCCAAUGAUGCGUUCCGACAGCAUGGAAAUCACGGAGUCCCUCGUUCUGGGACUUGGCAGGACCAACCCAGGAGCUUUUAGGGAACUAAUAGAGGAAUUACAUCCCAUAAUUAAAGAAGCACUUGAAAGAAGGCCAGAGGAACUGCUGGCCGAUGCUGGUGUCAUUAGUCACAGUGCAAGUGGUGGCCUUGAUAGUGAAACCCAUUUCCUCAACAACACUUUAUUGGAGUAUGUUGAUUUAACCAGACAACUGCUAGAGGCAGAAAAUGAAAAAGAUUCUGACACCUUGAAAGAUAUCCGAUGCCAUUUUAGUGCCUUAGUGGCGAAUAUCAUUCAGAAUGUUCCAGUGCACCAGAGAAGAAGUAUUUUCCCUCAACAGAGCCUUCGUCACAGCCUGUUCAUGCUGUUCAGUCACUGGGCGGGCCCUUUUAGCAUCAUGUUUACACCCUUGGACCGAUACAGUGACAGAAAUAUGCAAAUUAAUAGACAUCAAUACUGUGCAUUAAAGGCUAUGUCCGCUGUACUCUGUUGUGGCCCUGUUGCAGAUAAUGUGGGGCUGUCGUCCGAUGGCUAUUUGUACAAGUGGCUGGAUAACAUCUUGGACUCUCUGGACAAAAAGGUUCAUCAGCUGGGCUGCGAGGCAGUCACGCUCCUGCUGGAGCUGAACCCGGAUCAGAGCAACCUCCUGUACUGGGCCGUGGACCGGUGCUACACGGGCUCCAGGAGGGUGGCCGCCGGCUGCUUUAAAGCCAUUGCUAACGUGUUCCAGAACAGGGAUUAUCAGUGUGACACAGUGAUGCUUCUAAAUCUCAUACUGUUUAAAGCAGCUGAUUCUUCUAGAAGUAUCUAUGAAGUUGCCAUGCAACUUUUACAGGUCCUGGAGCCGAAGCUGUUUCGCUAUGCUCACAAGCUGGAGGUUCACAGGACGGACGGGGUCCUCAGCCAGCUGUCCCCUCUGCCGCACCUGUACUCUGUGUCCUACUACCAGCUGUCCGAGGAGCUGGCACGCGUACCUGAGCUCACUCUCGCCAUAUUCUCAGAGGUCAGCCAGAGGAUCCAGACGGCACAGCCCGCCGGGCGCCAGGCCAUGCUGCACUACCUGCUGCCCUGGAGCCCGUCGCCUCCCCCAGGCGACACGGCGGGCCGUGUGGCGGCCGGCGAGGACGACGACGACGCGCCCGAAGACCGAGAGGGAUCGGGUCAACCUGAGCAGGCGGCGGGCUGCGGGGGAAGCUGGGCGUCGCCCCAGGCCACGGCCCAUGUACGCGACGAGCUGGCUGGGGUCGGGCAGAACGGGACCACACCGUCGCGACGGGUGCCGAAGAACCUGAAGAUCAUUUGCAUUUUUGAUCAGCAUCUGCCGAUGAAUAUAGUUAAAGACAGUGCUAUUUACCGAGAGGUCGUGAUCAGUGCGUGGGCAGCAGUGGCCAGCAGUUUGCCUCCAGACAAAUGGAUGGGGCGCGACCCCUGCUUUUCCUGUUCUGACCGCUUGCUUUGGGGACAGGUGAAGAAGGUCAUCGUGUACCUGGGCAGAGACAAGACCAUGCAGCUGCUGGAAGAGCUGGUGGCCGAGCUGCAGCUGACGGACCCCGUGAGCUCGGCGGUCACCCACACGGACAACCCGCCCUACUACCGCGUCACGUCCAGCUGCAAGGCCCCCUCCGUCACCUCAGGAACUACUUCCAGUAGCAAUACCAUGGUGGCUCCCACAGACGGGAAUCCUGAUAAUAAGCCUGUCAAAGAGAACAUGGAAGAAAGCUACGUGCACUUGGACAUCUACGGCGGGCUGAACAGUCAUUUGAACCGUCAACAUCACAGGCUGGAGUCUCGAUAUAGUAGCAGCUCUGGAGGAUCUUACGAAGAAGAAAAAAGUGAUUCAAUGCCACUUUAUUCUAAUUGGCGACUGAAAGUGAUGGAGCAUAACCAAGGAGAACCACUGCCCAUGCCACCAGCUGGAGGCUGCUGGUCACCACUGGUGGAUUACGUGCCUGAAACGUCAUCACCUGGAUUACCUCUUCACAGGUGUAACAUAGCAGUGAUCCUCUUGACCGACCUAAUCAUCGAUCACAGCGUGAAGGUGGAAUGGGGAAGCUACCUCCAUCUUCUUCUUCAUGCAAUUUUUAUAGGGUUUGACCACUGCCACCCUGAGGUGUAUGAACAUUGCAAACGCCUGCUUCUGCACUUAUUAAUAGUAAUGGGAUCCAACAAUAACAUCCGAACUGUUGCUUCCGUCCUUCUCAGGAACAAGGAGUUUAAUGAGCCCAGGGUGCUGACUGUCAAACAGAUCGCACACUUAGAUUAUACUUUCACAGCAGGCAUUAACGAUUUUAUACCUGAUUACCAGCCCUCCCCUAUGACCGACUCAGGGCUUAGCUCAAGUUCUACCUCUUCCAGCAUCAGCUUAGGAAACAACAGCGCUGCCAUUUCGCACCUGCACGCCACCAUCCUCAAUGAGGUCGACAUUGCGGUGGAGCAGGACGGGAAAGUCAAAACCCUCAUGGAAUUCAUCACCUCCAGAAAAAGAGGACCCCUUUGGAACCAUGAGGACGUUUCCCCUAAGAAUCCCAACAUCAAGAGUGCUGAGCAGCUAACUACAUUUUUGAAACAUGUGGUUUCUGUUUUUAAGCAGUCAAGCUCAGAAGGAAUGCAUUUGGAACGCCACCUUAGUGAAGUCGCUUUGCAAACAGCACUUUCUUGUUCCUCGCGACACUAUGCUGGGAGAUCCUUUCAGAUUUUCAGGGCCCUAAAGCAGCCUCUCUCUGCAACAACCCUUUCUGAUGUUCUCUCCAGACUGGUGGAAACCGUAGGAGAUCCAGGAGAAGAUGCACAGGGAUUUGUGAUCGAGCUUCUCCUCACUUUGGAAUCUGCAAUUGAUACUUUGGCCGAAACCAUGAAGCAUUAUGAUCUCCUUUCUGCCUUUUCGCAAACCUCGUACCACGACCCCGUCAUGGGAGACAAGUAUGCAGCUAACAGGAAGAGCACCGGGCAGCUCAAUCUGAGCACGAGUCCCAUGAGCAGCGGCCGUUACCUGGGCGGCGACAGCAGCGCGAGAAGCAGCUCCUUGAGGCUGAGUUUAGCUGGCGACCGAAGAGGCGACCGGCGGCGGAGCAACACCCUGGACAUCCUGGACGGGCGGGUCAGCCACGGCGGCGGCCUGGCCAGGACUCGAAGCCUGUCCUCCCUCAGGGAGAAGGGCGAGGGCGGCGUGCAGGGCGCCACCGAGCCCGCCAGCCUGAUGGCCACCAUCUUCUGGAUAGCCACGUCCUUGCUGGAGUCGGACUAUGAGUACGAGUACCUCCUGGCCCUCAGGCUGCUCAACAAGCUGCUGGCGCACCUGCCGCUGGACAGGCCGGAGAGCCGGGAGCGGAUCGAGGUUGUGCAGGGCAAGCUGAGGUGGAGCAGCUUCCCGGGCCUGCAGCAGCUGCUCCUCAAGGGCUUCACCUCGCCGUCCACGCAGGAGGUGACGGUGCACCUCCUCAGCAGGCUCAUUUCUGUCUCCAGGCACGCCCUGGUGGACCCGUCCCAGCUGUCAGGCUUUCCUCUUAACAUCCUUUGCUUAUUGCCUCACUUAAUCCAGCAUUUUGACAGCCCAACUCAGUUUUGCAAAGAAACAGCUAGCCGUAUAGCAAAGGUCUGUGCAGAAGAGAAAUGCCCGACGCUGGUCAACCUGGCGCACAUGAUGAGCUUGUACAGCACGCACACGUACUCCAGAGACUGCUCGAACUGGAUCAACGUGGUGUGCAGAUACCUGCACGACUCCUUCUCAGAUACUACCUUCAACCUCGUGAUCUAUCUGGCCGAGCUGUUAGAGAAAGGACUGUCCAGCAUGCAGCAGUCAUUACUGCAGAUUAUCUACAGUCUGCUGAGCCAUAUCGACCUGUCUGCAGCCCCCAUCAAGCAGUUCAAUCUGGAGAUCAUAAAGAUCAUUGGCAAAUAUGUCCAGAGUCCUUACUGGAAGGAAGCCCUUAACAUACUGAAACUGGUGGUGUCGCGCUCUGCGAGUCUUGUUGUACCCAACGAUGUCCCCAAGACCUACGGGGGAGACAUGGGUUCUCCCGAAAUAUCCUUCACUAAAAUUUUCAAUAAUGUUUCCAAGGAGUUGCCUGGGAAGACUUUAGAUUUUCAUUUUGAUAUAUCCGAGACCCCAAUUAUUGGAAAUAAAUACGGAGAUCAGCACAGCGCAGCCGGGAGAAAUGGCAAACCCAAAGUCAUCGCUGUCACUAGAAGCACUUCCUCCACGUCCUCCAGUUCCAACUCCAACGCCCUGCUUCCUGUUAGUUGGAAAAGGCCGCAGUUGUCACAGCGAAGAACAAGAGAAAAGCUAAUGAACGUGCUGUCUCUCUGUGGUCCAGAGUCUGGCCUCCCAAAGAAUCCAUCGGUCGUGUUUUCUUCCAACGAGGAUUUGGAGGCCGGAGACCCACAGACCAGCCUCAUCUCUGCCACGGAGCACAGAACCCAGGAGGAGGAAGCGGCGGUGGAGGACAGCAGCAGCGAACAGCAGUUUGGUGUUUUCAAGGACUUUGACUUUCUAGACGUGGAGCUGGAGGACGCAGAGGGCGAGAGCAUGGACAACUUCAACUGGGGCGUGCGCCGGCGCUCGCUGGACAGCAUGGACAAGGGCGACACGCCCUCCCUGCAGGAGUACCCGUGCUCCAGCAGCACGCCCAGCCUGAACCUCACCAACCAGGAGGACACGGACGAGUCCUCCGAGGAAGAGGCUGCGCUCACGGCCAGCCAGAUACUGUCGCGCACGCAGCUGUUGAACAGUGACUCGCCUGCAGGCGAGACGGCGCCGGGCCAGCCCGACUCGCUCCUGCACUCCCAGGACCCCGCGGGCAGCGUCCCGGCAGAAGAGGCCCUGCAGAUCAGAGACGAGCCCCCGCUUCUGGAAGCUUCUCUAGAUAGCGCUAACAGCCAGCUGCCUGAGGUGGGGAGAAAUGGGGGCUGGCGCAUGGCCGAUCUGGACAGUCCGGAGAAGUCCGCCUCCUCCUCCUCACAUCUCUCGUCCAGCUCUUUCAAGGCCAAGGUGACGUCGUCGUCACAGACCGACUCCGGGCCCCGCCCGCUGACCUGGAAGAGGCGGGCGAACACGGGGAAGGUGAGCGCGGCGCAUGCGCCGUCGCGGUCCGUCAGCACCUGGCCGGCGUGGCAGCGCCAGGCGUCCUCGUCGUCGUCGCAGGCGGCGGGCCGGAAGGCGGCGAUGAUGGCGGACAGGAAGGGCGACGGCGGGGGCGACGCCUGCUCGUCCGGGGAGCCGUCGCGCUCCUCUUCGUCCUGGCUGCGGACACAAACACCCGGUCACCUGGCGCGGGCCUCGCCGGCGCGGCCUCCCCGCGGGGACGGCUCCGAGCCGCUGAGCGCGGCGGGGGUCACUGGGGCACCGGAGAAGCCUCUGGCUCCUGAGUACCCCGAGUCGGUCUGUGACGACGACGUCACCUUGGCCUUGAAGAGGCUGGACGAGAGAUGUGGAGAAGAGGCGGACUUCUCCGGACUGUCUAGCCAGGACGAAGAGGAGCGCGACGGCUCCCCGGACGAGCAGGCGUCGCCGCCGUCGCCCUUCCUGUCCGCCAUCAUCGCCGCCUUCCGGCCCGCCGCCUGCGACGACGACGAGGACGCCUGGCGCUGCCACGCCGGCCAGGUGCUGACGGACCGCGACGGCGCAUGCGCCGCGCCACCUUCCCGUGUUCGCCGCCUCUUCCAGACAAUUCAAAGAAAGUUUGCAGAGAUAACCAACGAGGCCGUUAGCUUUCUCGGUGACAGUCUGCAACGCAUCGGCACCAAAUUUAAGAGUUCCUUGGAGGUGAUGAUGAUGUGCUUGGAAUGCCCCACAGUCUUCGUGGACGCUGAAACACUCAUGUCAUGCGGGCUGCUGGAGACUCUCAAGUUCGGUGUUCUGGAAUUGCAGGAACACCUGGAUACCUACAACGCCAGAAAAGAAGCAGCGGAGCAGUGGCUAGACAAUUGCAAGAGGACAUUUGGUGCCAAAGAAGACAUGUACAGGAUCAACACAGAUGCACAACAAAUGGAAAUUCUAGCAGAGCUGGAACUCUGCCGAAGGCUAUACAAAUUACAUUUUCAAUUGCUGCUUUUGUUCCAGGCCUACUGUAAACUUAUCAACCAAGUAAAUACAAUAAAAAAUGAACCAGAGGUCAUCAACAUGUCGGAAGAACUGGCCCAGUUGGAAAGUAUCCUCAAAGAAGCCGAGGCUGCCUCAGAAAAUGAAGAAAUCGACAUUUCCAAAGCUGCACAACUUACUAUAAAGGAAACCCUUCCAUUCCAUUCCUUAAUUGAAACUUUGAAGAACAAGGAAUUUAUAUCAGCGGUAGCACAAGUCAAAGCUUUCAGAGCUCUGUGGCCCAGUGAUAUCUUCGGCAGUUACGAAGAUGACCCAGUGCAGACGCUGUUGCACAUAUACUUCCAUCACCAGACGCUGGGCCAGACCGGGAGCUUUGCAGUCGUGGGCUCCAACCUGGACAUGUCAGAAGCCAACUACAAACUGAUGGAACUUAAUCUAGAAAUCAGAGAGUCUCUACGCCUGGUGCAAUCAUACCAGCUUCUAGCGCAGGCCAAGCCCAUUGGAAACAUGGUGAGCACUGGAUUCUGAGAGACUCCAGGCAUUUAGGAAAAGAAACACAACUGAAGAUGAUUCCCAAACAUUAACCAAGCACCUUUUACGAACCCUUGCGAUUCACUGACAGCUUUCUGGCAGCAUUUACAAGAAGCGAGUCACUAACGUCAAACUGUAACACAACAAAGAUCUGAAGAAGAAGAAAAAAAAAAAUCUAAUUGUUUAACAGCUGCCAAUACCUCCCACAAUAACUGUAUGAGGAAGGACUUUUUAAAUUGCUUAACCUUAUGUGAAAAGAAAAGGGCUAAAAGUGAUGCAUACACAGACACAGUGCUUUCUGGAGAAAGAUAAAGGAGUCCAGGAAAUGUUUGCAAUAAUGGCCCCCCCUCGUGCUGGGACCUCCAAGAACAGGUGCAGUGAGGCUGAAAAAAAAUCAAGGCUGGUUCGUUUUAGCCGGAGACCUGCGACAGCUGCUUGGAUGUCCAGCCAGGCGUAGCAUGAUCUAGAACUGUUGAAGAUAUGCUUGGUCAUAUCUACACGAACAUCCAAGGCAGACGGACACCUGAAAACUUAUUUGCAAAAACCAUUGAUUUUUUUUUUUCCCCCACUCUGUGGGAUAAGGGGCUGGGGGUGUUUUUGUUCUGUUUGUUGGUCUGUAUAAGGAAUUAUGCGUGAGUGAGUUGGGAGUGUGUGGGUAAUGUGACAGUCCUAUUUUUAAAGGUAUGGAUGUUUGCUGAUGACGUCUCAGAGCAUGCCUCAAAAGAGCACUGCAAGAUUAUUUUUGAAGAAAUUUUUAUUUUAUUAGAUCUAACUCUUCAUAGUGUUGUAAAUGUUAGGACAUUUUAAUAAUAUUUUAAAGACUGGGCUUCCCCAGUGUUUGGAAGAGAAAUAAUAUAUCUGUUAACGUUAUUAAUGCUGCUCAGUUCUGAGCGGUGCUUACAUGUUCCACCUGUUGAUAACUAACCAAAGUAGUUAAGCCUGCAGAGACUUUAAAAAUGUAAAAAUAAAGAUGUGUGCUGCCCUGGUCAGCUAUUCUUCCUUAGAAAAGUUAACUUAUUUUACUCCAUAAUUAUUCUAGAAACUGUAUAGACUAAAACCAGUAUUUUCUUGUACAUUCGUGCCAUGCACUGUUAGAAGAGGUGUACAAAGCUAAAAAAAAAAAAAAAAUGUGGUCAUUGGCUGGUAGAAUAUAUGACUUGCAGGCUUUGAAGUCUGCAGGAAAGAGAUGCAAUUCUUAUGUUUAUUCAGGGCUCACCUGUUUCCCCGCUCAAGGAAUCUGGGAAACGAAAGGAAGCCUGAAGACUGACUACCAAAACAUGCAAUAUACUUAUUUUCACUAAGUCUGUAGCAUACCAUGAACUGGGAGCCUCUGGCCUUUUUUAAAAUAGCAUUUUGUAAAAAAAAAAAAAAAAAAAAAAAGAAAAAACAAGAAAAAAAUAGUAGUCCCACCAACUCCUCUGAUUUGAAAGGAACACCUUGUAACUUUUUAUAUGCAUCUCUUCUUAUGCACUGUGACUUUUCUUUUUCAACUGGGCUCGGUGAUUCCAGAGUUUAGAAUGUAGAAAUGAAAUGCUUAAGCUUUGCCUUUUCUUGGGUGUGUGGACUGUGCCAGAAGUGUAAUGAUGGAUGCCCAAGUGCAUUAAUUGCAUUCAUGGAAGGCACUGUGCCCGCCCUUGCUGACCACAGUUAUGUUUCCUAUAAAAUUCCAUAACUGGUCACAGCUCAUUCAUAAUCACUGUAUUUUUUUGACCCUGAUAUAAAAAAAAAAAAAAAAAAGAUUUUGAUGGUGUCCUGGUACUGUAAAUGGUGUCCUUUAAAUUAUUUAAUAACUUUUGGGUGUUGGGCAGGCAGAGAGGAAUGGUGUCCAGACAUACCCUGCACUCCACACUUGCUCCCCCUCCUAACAUUUUUGUUAAAAAUAAAAAGCAUUGUAGCUGGUG